CGCGACCGACAGUUGGACGCGCGACUUCGUGUCGUUCGUACGCACGUACGCACGGACGUAUGUACGCACGCACGCACGUACGCACGCACGCACGCCCGAACGAGAGUUAGAUCAGGCCGGUUCCUCGGGCCACACGUGUUUCCGCACGGUUGUGACAGUUUUGGAUCUCAAGUGCUCAUGCGGAUGCUGAGACAUUCGCCGAGGUGCUUACGCAACAGAAUCGACGACCAUUGUCACGGAGACAUUCGACUAUGGUUGUGUUGAGUCGAGUUGGGUCGCCGACGAUGUCAGCGACUGUUGCCGGAAAUCAGCAGCAAUAUCCUCAUCAAGAGUGGGAUAUCAACGACUCCAACGUGCCGAAGGUCGUGGAGUACGACGGCUGGUGCGAAUGGGCGGACGGCCACGUAAGAAAAGUGUACGGCGCGGACUGCGAGGAGGCGCGAAGACACGCUUCCGGCUGGGCCAUGAGGAACACCAACAACCACAAUGUCAGCAUUCUCAAGAAGUCCUGUCUGGGUGUCCUCGAGUGCUCCCUCAAGUGCGUUCUUCCCGGCGGCGGACGCGUCCAUCUGAGACCGGCUAUUUGCGAUAAGGCGAGGAAGAAGCAGCAGGGUAAGCCAUGCCCGAACCGCCAAUGCGCGGGACGACUGCAAAUCCACGCCUGCCGCGGUCACUGCGGCUACCCAGUCACGCAUUUCUGGCGGCACACCGACCAUGCCAUAUUUUUCCAAGCGAAGGGUACGCACGACCAUCCGCGCCCCGAGGCCAAGUCAACAUCCGAGGCGCGCAGGAGCGUAGGCGCCGGGAGGCGAGUUCGUGGCCUCGCUGUCCUUCUUGCCCGAGAGGCUGCCCUCGGCUCUAAGCUAAUGACACUGAGAGGGACUAAACGACCAAACUCGGAUCCUCUGGAACUACCAACGCGGCCCACACAAACUAUGACUUUAAUAGGAGAUAAAGAAUAUUCCUGUUCGUGCUCACCAUUCGAAUGUGUAUGCGGAAACUUGCAACGAAAUUAUCCAAACGGCCAAUCAUCUUAUCAAUCAUCGCAUCAUCAGCAACAGCAUCAGCACCACGAGCCUUUGACAAUGGGUAAUCCUGCGAAUCCAAUGUACAAUGCACAGGCGCAACAGAUGACAGGUAACGAGGCACCGGCUUACUGGCCCCAGGAAACCGCCAUGGAGCAAACGGCUUUGGGAUACUCAUCUUAUCCCAAUUCGGAAUUCCCUGUCAUAUUUGGCAGCGAUCUUUUUCAGCCGGAAGAAAUUUUUCAAUUGGAUCAACCAAUUCGACCAGAUUUUCCAGUUGGCAGCAGUGAGCUUACACGGUCGCCACCAAGUCUUUUGGAUCUCGGCAGUGGCACCAUUAAAUACGAAAUGUCCGAUAUGCAUGAACAAACUUAUUGGACACAACUCCUCAGCGAAGACUCGAGUAGCAGUCACAUUAGCGUCUCUCAGGGUCAUGAGAGUGAAAGGGAGACAAAUCAAACGCAAAGCUGCUCACCCUACGAAGCGUUCCAGGCACAAGGGAACUGGACCAAUAAUCAAAACGAGACGCGGAUGGAGUACGCGGCGGUAACCGGCGUAUACGAGACGCCAAAGCAAUUGCGAUCUACGCACUUACUCUCUAGUCAUUCCCCGGUUUCCGAGGCUCCGAGCUUUCCCAAUUACGACGAUUACCAUCAAAUGAUGCAUAUUUCGAAUCAACGAACGCAUAAUCAAUCGCCCGGCCAGUCACCCGAACACAGACAAAGCCAACACCGCAUCCUCGAAGAUAGACUGACUUACAAUGCUCACCAUGAGCAACCAAUUCAGCCGCAAACGCAAACAAGUCCUGAGCCAUUUUUUUAUCAGAAUAGUGGCGUUGAUAGGUGUCACUACACCUGCGAGGUUCUUGACACUCGAUUGACUCAGGUUGCGCCGAUGACCACCAAUUCUGGCAUUAGUUAUGCUGAUGUUACAGAUAUGGAACUACCACCCUUUGUUGAUUACACUCUUGUUGGAAUGUUAUGUAGCUCGAGAGAAGAGGAGCAACAACAGCAGCAGCAAUUUGUGGAAACAAAUUUGUUGAAAUAG